AUGGCAGGAAACGAGGCUACCACCACACCCGCCGCAGAUGCUACGCAGGCUGUGAGUAAGCCAAAGAGGGUCCGCACAGGAUGUUUGACGUGCAGGGAACGGCAUUUGAAGUGUGACGAGGCAUUGCCUAUAUGUCAAAACUGCAAGAAAUCUAACCGCCAGUGCAAGCGUGGUAUACGACUCAACUUCAUCGACACUCAUGUGAAAGCUCCACCAGAAGUUCCACCUACCCAGGAAUGGACCGUCAGCUUCUUGGACGAGUCCAGAGAGAUUGCCAAUGAAUAUAAAGGUGGAUUGAGCAAAUACGGCGCCCUUGACAUGGACCCCCCUCCUCCACUUGAGAACGGCAUGGGAUUCGACUUUUCGACUACCAUACCCCCUCCAACCUCUAUUGCACACCAACCUCUACCACCAAUCCAAGGGAUCCUGCCUGAUCAUUUUGCCGACGAUCAGCAGAAUGGCAUGUUUGAGCCGCAGCGGGAGCCUUCACAUCAACACGCGCUCUCGCAUACAGAGUCUACAUAUUCCGGCUCACAUCUUCCCGGAGGCUCAUCUUCGUACGGAAAUACCGAACAGUCUGCGACGCCUGCGGAAGGUGCGCGUGACUACUUGGACACUCAAGAGGAGGUGCUUUUCAUGCAGGUGUUUGUUGAAGAGGUCGGCUUGUGGAUGGACAGCAUGGACCCUAUGAAACACUUCUCGCGACUGUUGCCGUUUCACGCCCUUGGCGAACCCAUGCUUCUCAACGCUUUCCUAGCAUGCGGGGCGCGACAUCUUGCCCUCGUGAACCCGAAAUAUACCGAAGACAAAGCAUUGCAUUACUAUGAUACUGCAACGAGGUAUCUGCUUAACUCACUGCAGAAUCCGAACAGAGAUACAGUGAUAUGCGCGACAACCGCGGUGAUCCUGAAUGUGUACGAGAUCAUGUGCGAAAAGGCGUUACAACGGAUGAACCACAUCGCAGGAGCCCGCGCAUUGAUCAAAGAAUGUGGCUGGAAUGCUCGGUCGACUGGAAUUGGUGCAGCUUGCUUCUGGUUGAAUGUCGGUAUGGAGCUCCUCAGUUGCCUCCACUUUAACUGGCAAGUGGCCUGGGAUCCCGAUGAAUGGGGCGUCAACAUGGACUUUUCGCAGGAAACGGAAUCUGGACGGGAAGAAAUCUGGACGUAUCGGAUUGUGUAUAUUGUGGCCAAGGUUGCUAAUUUCCGUGCCACGAUCCCACGGCACCAGGAGGCCUCGCCACGAAACGAGAACAUGCGUUUGGACCAUCGCUACCGCGAAUGGCAGAGACUGAAAGACUGGGCGGAUGCUUGGAAUGAGGGCAUUCCACGAACGAUGCAUCCAAUGGCGUAUCUCUUCCCCGGCCAAACCAUCUCUCAGUCGGCCUUCCCGGAAGUCUGGCUCAUCAAGCGGACAACCAUUGUUGCGCGCCUUUUCUAUCAUACUUGCAUGUGUCUACUUGCUCAGAUCAACCCUUACAAGGGCCCAGAGGCCGACGAAAUGCGAGAUCUGCAGAUUAAGCAUUCACAGCUCAUCUGCGGUAUAACGGCACACGUCAAAGAUCGUGGUGUCGCAAGUGUUGCCCUCCGAUCUCUCGCUAUCGCCGCCGAGUGUCUCACCACCCGCCGCGAGCAAGAAGAAGUCCUGCAAAUCUUCGACAAGAUCCGCCAGGAGACUGGAUGGCGUGUCGGCUUCCUCAACAGCGAGCUCAAGGAGAAAUGGGGUUGGAAUGAAGAACCUAAUCCGGCAAAUAUGCACUAUCAGCAGCAAGCUUUGCAGCCUCAAGUCACGCUUCAGCCGAUGCCGGCAACCUCUUUACCACCAGCACCGCCUGCACGACCGCGUCCUCCCGUUGGCAUUUUGAAUCCCUUGCUUGCCACGGCCGAUUUCGCGAUGCCACAACAUCCGUACCAAGCGUACUAUGUGGCGCCAAACCCCCAAUAUGUGGCGCCAAAUCCACUUUCUCAGUCACAGCAUUUCACGUACUGA